AUGAAUGAUGGCGCCGAUACUGCAGCUGAAGCCGAGGGUGAGCAGCAUCCUAAAUGCAAGGGCGAGACCGCUAACGGCAAGCCUUCCAAGCGCCCAACCAAGAUCAAGCCGUCCAAAAAGAACAUGGCCAGACAUUUCUCUCCGUGGCCUUGUCCUGGAGGAAGCAGUGCCUCGAAGUCUGCGCUGUCGUUGAUUUCGCAGAUGGCUGCUGGAACUGUUGGGCCGGUGUUGUCGCUGCGCACGUCGCUGGCUGGGUGCCUGGGUGCGGAUCUGCACGCGGUGCUCCGUGCCCUGGAAAAUAACCAGGAUAUCCACUUCCUGAGCAUCGGCUGCAAUAGUGCAUUGGCUACCUCCACAUCCCUGGCUUCCCUGUUGGCGCAAGUGCUCCGGCGCGGCUUCUUGUGGGCGUGCGACUUCGGUGAGCUCUACUUCCGUGGAGACGUCUUGGAAGUUCUCCUCAGAGGACUCGAGGGCCCGAAAGGAGUUCCUCUUAGCAACUUGGCCUUUACCUUCAUUGACAAAGGCUGCGGCAUCAAUGAACGCCAGGUGGCCCGGCUCAAGGCGUUGACUCGCGAGCGGCGGUUGCUGGACAAAGCGAUUUCCUCAACCAAGGUGGACAGGACGCACGCUGCCUGGCUCGACAUACCGCGAGUCUUUGGGCUAGUGAUGCGGUCCAAGAAUCUGACGAAAUGUUUCUGGCGUCCUUACCAGGAGGGUGAGUUUUGGCGGAGGGCAGGGUUUCACUGCUCCGGCCUACGCUUGCUCCCCGAAUCUGCAGGCAAACGAGUGAACCCUGCUAUUCAGCGGCUGACCAACGCCUUACAUCGAGGGAAUUUGGAGCCUUUGGCCUUGCAGAAGGCCUUUCCUCCGGGAGAGAAGGGGGCGCGUCGCAGCCGCGAGCUCCUGGAGGCCGCGCUGGAACGCGACCUGCCCCCGGCACCACUGCCGCGCUGGGUCUUACCGGGAUUUAUUCGUGAACCCCAGAAGCGCCAGAAGGAGGAACUGUCGCAGCCUGUUCUGCGCGAAGGGCUCCUGAAGCGCAGGCGCCUCAAGGAGGAGCCGAGUCGGGAUGUGAAGCUCCAAGAUGUGGAGUUGCCAAUACAGCUGGAAUGA